AUGAAUGGAUUAAUUAUGAGGGGAUCAUUUACCAAGUUAUUGAGGGUGCGUAAACCAGUCCAGAAGUUGUUGUCCAAGUGCGUUUGUGGCGGUGAUUAUUCUUUUCCCUAUAAAGAUAAACUACUAAAUAACAAGGUUAGCGAUCUUGAUGAAAUUCAGGAUUGUAUCAGACACUGUGGAUGGCAAUUGGAAAGGAUGGUACAUGUUGAGACAUUUGAGGGCGUCUUCUAUUGUGAGUGUAUCCAAUGGAUGUCGAGGGCAAUUGGUGGAGUAAUUGUAAGGGAGUCUUUCGAGUCUCCCGAGGAGACAUCUGUUACGUUAUACAACUACAAACAAGAUCAUCAGAAAGCGGAUUCAUUAGUAGAUAUUCACGGAUUGAAGAAGUUCGGUGAGCCGUUCUUGUCCUGGGACGCUGAUGUUUUCGAAGAAACCAAAAAUACAAAACAAUAA